UUUUAAACCACAAGGAGUCUCUUUGUGAAUGACCCAAGUUACAAGAGGUUUGGGCACAAUUUUCUCAAUUUUUUAUUUUUAUUAAAACUAACAAGCUCAUAAAGUAUAUUAUUUAUUUAGUACUUACCUUUUUCCUUGUGCAUUUUCUUUCCUUCCUAACCUUUUUCCUUGUGCAUUUUCUUUCCUUCCUAUCCAACGAAGGGAAAUUUCAAUUUUUUUUUUUUAUUUUCUUCUAUUUUUGACUUCCUUUUAGCACAUUCUAAACACAUCCUUCCCUUUUUUGACACACCCUACUUUCCCUUUCAGAGCUCCCAAACCUGCGUAAUCAUUCAGCUGUCACACGCUUCCUGUGAAGUGAGGACAGUGCAGCACCAUCUCACUCUUUCAAUUCAAUCCUUCCAAAGAAGAAGUCCCUAACCUCUCUCAGAUUCUUCACCGUCAUUGAUCGAAGAAAUUUAUAGCAAUGUCCACUGACGACAGCAUCCAAGGUGUCCAAAACUGUUAUCUUUUCAAAAGUCGGUUGCAGGAGUAUGUUCAAAAAGUUGGACUUCCUUCACCUGUAUAUGAGACUAUUAAGGAAGGACCAUCCCAUGUGCCUUCCUUUAGGUCAACGGUGAUUGUGAAUGAUGUGAGAUAUGAUUCUCUUCCUGGAUUUUUCCAUCGUAAGGCUGCGGAACAGUCUGCUGCUGAGGUUGCUCUUAGGGAACUUGGCAAUAAUGGGAAACUGAAAGAAUGCAUUUCUCAACCAGCGCAUGAAACAGGCUUGUGCAAAAAUUUGCUGCAAGAAUAUGCGCAGAAGAUGAAUUAUGGAAUUCCAUCAUAUAAGUGCCAGAAAGAAAAGAAACCAGGCAAUGUGCAUUUUUUUUCUUGCUCAAUUGAGAUUGGAGGGAUAAAGUACAUUGGAUCUGCAGCAAGAACAAAAAAGGAAGCAGAGAUUAGUGCAGCUAGAACUGCUAUAUUGGCCUUCCAAUCAAAUGAAUGUGGACCUUUCGAGGUGCCCACAGUUGUUCCCUGUAAAAAGAAGGCAACCGAUUCAGGGAUUAGUACCCAGGAAACGAUUAUCAAACCCAAGAAACAGAAGAAAAAGAGACGACUGGGAGACCGAGGCACCGACAUCAAAGUUGGGGGGGAGGGUAAUUUUGAGGCUAAUAUUGAUCAUAAUGACAAGAAGCAAUUGAAUCAAACUGGUGCUGCUGGGAUCCAAGUAGCAGAUUCUGGGAAUCUGAGUACGGAGGCAAUACAGGAAGUCCAGGCUCACACACCGAGUUUUAAUGAGAACGAGGAUAGCAAGCAUACUAGCGAUGCUGCUUCUGUUGUCUAUGAUGACGGCGAUGCUGAAGACGGAGAAUUAACAGUGCCUAUGGACUUCCAUGAUGGCGAGUUGGGAAUUUCCGAUGUUGAAAAUCCAUCUGGUGAAGAUGUUUAAGCCGGUCAUUGGGAGGUUUUAUCUGAAUCAGGGAAAGAUAAUUGGCUACAUAUAUGCUUUUUUAAUUUGCCUUUGUCGGACCCGUUUGGUUUGGUUUGAUUUGAUUUGGUUCAGUUCGAUUUAGUUUUGGUUUUAGUUUGAAUUUGUGUGCAUGCAUGCAUAAAGCAAUCUCUCUAUCUUUAUAUGCAGAAGAUCAUCAGUAUAGACAUUUUCAGGUUUGUUAGGUUGCAAUUACUCAAAUAACAACUUACAUUGGCGCUUAAAUUCAGGGAGCUUUCUCAUU